GUCAUCCGUUGUCACCACUGGGUUACUUGUGAAGUCUCGAAACGGUUCACUGCACAUGCGGAUGCUGCUUUCAAAACACAAAGUGACCUCAAUACCAGACCAGCUCACACCCUGUCAAUUCACGUUGUAAGGGCCUACACAUGCAGCAAAACAUUGAAGCCGUGAGCCUGUCUUUGUAUGUCAUGGCGACAAACAUGUCUACGCCAAAAUACAACAGCCGUACGGCACACCCACUCCUUGAGCACCUCUUACCUGGGACCAGUCUUUCGAGAGAAAACAACACUGCACAUUGAAGCUUUAGACGCUCCUUUGAACACAAUUCACGGAAACAGGUUUCAUGCACAUUCAACAUGGCGAUCCACAUUCCCGGGCUGAUUGCUAUCAUUGUCUUCUACCUUCUCAUUCUGGGUGUGGGUUUGUGGGCAGCCCGCAAGACUGGCCUGAAGAAGGGUCAGUCCAACUCUGAAGAGGUCAUGCUGGCCGGGAGGGACAUCGGGCUACUUGUUGGCAGCUUCACCAUCACAGCUACUUGGGUCGGGGGAGGAUUCAUCAACGGCUCCUCGGAGAUCAUCGUCCUGAGCGGCCUCGUGUGGUGCCAGGCACCGAUGGGGUAUGGGCUCUCCCUGGUAUUUGGAGGGAUUUUCUUUGCCGACAAAAUGAGACGAAGCAGGUACAACACCAUGUUGGAUCCCUUCAACCGGAAGUACGGCGACUUGAUGGGGGCGCUGUUGUACAUUCCCGCCUUGUUGGGAGAGAUGUUCUGGUCAGCUGCUAUAUUGUCUGCCUUAGGGGCAACACUUGCCGUUAUCCUUGACAUUGACACGACCAUCUCCAUCAUCAUCUCGGCUGGCAUAUCCCUGAUGUACACGCUGGUCGGGGGACUGUAUUCCGUGGCUUACACCGAUGUAGUUCAACUCAUCUGCAUUUUUGUGGGGCUUUGGGUGAGCGUACCCUUUGCUAUGACCAACCCGGCUUCAAGGUCCAUCAUCGUCGACUCCUCGUCGUCUUCAUCGUCGUCGUCGUCGUCGUCGUCGUGGAUCGGAGAGGUCGCUACGACUGAUAUAGGGAUCUACAUGGACACCUUUUUACUGCUCAUUUUCGGGGGUAUUCCUUGGCAGGUAUAUUUCCAACGUGUGCUGUCCGCGAGAACGGUGAAGGUGGCCCGUAUUCUGUCCUUCGUGGGAGGGUUCGGAUGCAUGUUUAUGGCUGUACCAGCAGUGUUGAUCGGAGCCAUCGCAGCCAACACAGACUGGAAUCAAACUGCUUAUGACAAGCAAAUAAAUGGUUCCAUUCCGUCGGAUGAGUUGGGACUAACGCUGCCCCUAGUCCUUCGCUAUCUGACACCUGACGCAGUUUCGUUUAUUGGCCUGGGUGCUGUCUCCGCCGCCGUCAUGUCGUCCACUGACUCUUCCCUCCUCUCCGCCAGCUCCAUGUUCGCCAGGAACGUCUUCGGCGUUGUCUACGCCAGAUGCACCAAGAAGAAGACUUCCGAUCGUAUGACAAUUUGGGUUAUGCGAUUUACCCAGUUUGCCAUGGCAUGUUGCGCAUGCGCCAUGGCAAUAAGAGUAAAAUCAAUCUACUAUCUCUUCUACCUGUGUUCAGACCUCGUGUUCGUCAUCCUCUUCCCUCAACUAACAUGCGCAGUGUACCUUCGCGACACUAACGCAUACGGGUCCUUGCUCGGCUUCCUCAUUGGUCUGAUCUUCCGACUGCUGGGUGGGGAACCGGGGCUUGGCUUGCCACCAACAAUUAUCUACCCGUGGUACGACGAGGAUGCCGGUCAACGCUUUCCCUUUAGAGCUUUGUCCAUGCUGAUCAGCCUUGUGACAGUAAUAGGAGGUUCAUACCUGUUCCACGUACUCUUCAAGAAUGGUUUUAUACCGAUUGAAUACGACAUCUUCAACAGUUUCUCAGACAAGCCGAGGACAAUUCUGGCCACUUCUGCGACAACGCCAGUUGAGGUAGCCAAACUGCCAUCAGACGUGCCCGCUGGCUACCAACCGUACAUCGCCGAUGACCUCCAUGAGAGAAAGGUCAACUUGAGUAAAAGGGGACACGACAACCCAGUCUUCCAACCAGAGCCGGCCCCAUCACACAAUCUGGGAUAUAACGGGGAAUUUGAAGCUAAAAGACCCCUGUCGACUGUAACCAGACUGUAGACACUUGUUUGAUUGUUCAUAUAACCACAACUCAUCCUGAUUGUAAUUAUCUCAAGUUCUGCAUUACGUAAGACAACUAUAUACGCUUGGGUAGUUAUGUCUUUGCAAGACGAUACAAUCAUGUACGUAUAUUUAACAUAGUAUUACACUUUAUGGUUUUUCAAUGUUUAUUAGUACACAAUGAAUGGCACUUUAAGAUUCGAUGAGCAUAUCCUACUCACUACGUAGUUAGCAAGACACUAUGUCAUUCAUACACAAAUGUUAUUACAUAUGCAACCAACGAGCUACAAGAAAUCACGGAUGAUCUGGCCCGAGUGAAUUGAUAUUAAAAGAGCCGCGUCAUGUACAGAUAAUCCGUUAUUUCGAGUUACUUGCGUGUUAUUUUAUAUAUUGUCCAUAAGGAAGAGAAUAUAUGGAUGUCAACUUCUUUAUUACGAGGAACACAACGUUUCGGAGUAUAUGCUUACUCCUUCAUCAGGUGAAUGCUUACUCUUUCACCUGAUGAAGGAGUAAGCACAUACUCCGAAACGUUGUGUUCCUCAUUAUAAAGAAGUUGACAUCCAUACAUUCUCUUCCUUACGGGAAUCACCUUUCAAAGACCUUAUAUUGUCCAUAGUUUUGGACCUGAAGUUUGCGAGGGUCGGCGACUGUUGUCAGCCUAGUAACGCUUGGCAACGUUUGUAAUUUGUGGUCAAAUCCAAUUUUCAAGUGUAUACUUUCUUUUGCCCGGUAUUUGCAAAAAACAAACACAUACUGUGGACAUAACCUUCUCCUAUAACCUUCGAUGUCUAGAGUUUAGAUUCUACACACUAGACGGAUUGUAUUAACAUGUAUUACCUACAAAUAUUUCAGCUGUAUAUUGGAAACUUUAAACAGUUAAUAUAUAUAUCAACGUAAUAUAUCUGAUCACACUAACACACCAUCAUAUAUGUGUUCUACACAAACACAUGAUUUCAUAUUUGUUCAUUCAAAUUGAUAUUGAGAGGAAUUCACUGCAAUAAUGAUUGCAAUACGUACCAAUAAUGAAGGGAAUGGAUUGUUUUAACCUUCAUCAACUUUGCAACAUGUACCCACAACAAACGUUGAAUGAUAUUUGCAAUACAUUGCAUACUACUUUGUGA